UGAUGAUGGUAUUGGAUGUUAAAAUGAUCCCGGCACACCAUGUCAUGAAACGAUGGACAAUAGAUGCACGUGACAUCCUACCUGACCAUCUUAAACAUUACCAGAAAGACACGAGUCCUAUUGAAUCUCCAACAUACAGAGACUCUUCUUUGUACAAUGCCGCACUUGAGCUGGUCAGACUUGGCGACACAAAUGUUAAGAGUUACGAGUUCACUAUUAAUUACAUAAAGGAAGGAUUAUUGAAUGUGGCCCCUCUUUGCAAUAGGGGAGAUGGCAUGAGUGUGUUGGACAAAGCUUCAAGUGUUGCUAGGUCAAAUGCAACAAGCAAAAUCAGGGGAGAUAUGAGCAUGAACAUGGCAGCUGAUGCACAAGAAUUUUCAGAACUCCGUCACAUUCAUAUGGCAAAAUGCACAAGGUCUGAAAGUUCGUGCAUGAAUGGAGGUGAUGCUAACGAAGGUGAAAGUUCAGAGUUAAUGAACGAUGUAUUCUCACCUGAUAGAAGUCACCAUGAGUUAUCCGCGCCACCUCCAAAGAGGUUGAAAGGCAGACCUACGACAGCAAGAGAGAAGGCGCCUUAUGAGAAGAAUGUUAAGAGAUCGAGAUUCUGCAAGAUUUGCAGGGGCGAAGGACACAAAUGCACAACAUGUUCAAUGAGAGGUGAUGCACCGGUUAAACCGCGAAAACAAUCUACUUGCACAAAUUGUGGUGUAGCAGGGCAUCGACGGAACAGUUGCGGCAAGAAGGCAAUGUUCAACGACAAGAUUGUUAUGGAAUGA